AGUUUAAAAAGGUAAUAAAUUUGAAAAUGGAAAAACUUAUUACACUCACCCAUGGUCCAUACCGUCUAAUGUCAACAAGAAGAUGAGAUAAGGUUUUCUGACCCUUGAUCGAUUGCCACGUGGCACUCCGUUAUGGUGGUUAAAUGAUAAGGCAUGCAAUUAUGUGGCCAAUAUGGAUGGGCCAUAUGAUCCAAUGGUCAAAAUCAGUAGACGUUAGAAUUGAUCGAUUUAUUUCUGUCCGUUAGAUGGCAAACCGCAAUCUAGUUGAUCAUGUACAACAAUUAUUAUAUAUAGAGCUCUAAAAUCUGUAUACACUCAUUGGAUUGCAAAGCUUAGUAAAAUGGCUUCGAUCUCCUCCUCAACCAUGGCCAGCGUUGCCGCCCCCGCUCAAGCCAACAUGGUGGCUCCAUUCACCGGACUUAAGUCCAAUGCCGCCUUCCCCGCUACCAAGAAGGCUAACGACUUUUCCUCCCUUCCUAGCAACGGUGGAAGAGUGCAAUGCAUGAAGGUGUGGCCACCACUUGGCUUGAAGAAGUACGAGACCCUUUCAUACCUACCGACUCUAACCGAAGCCCAAUUGGCUAAGGAAGUCGACUACUUGCUCCGCAACAAGUGGGUUCCUUGUUUGGAAUUUGAGUUGGAGCACGGAUUUGUCUACCGUGAGAACGCAAGAUCCCCUGGAUACUAUGACGGAAGAUACUGGACAAUGUGGAAGUUGCCUAUGUUUGGAUGCACUGACUCCGCCCAAGUGUUGAAGGAGCUCGGUGAAUGCAAGAAGGAGUACCCUCAAGCAUGGAUCCGUAUCAUUGGAUUCGACAACGUCCGUCAAGUUCAGUGCAUCAGUUUCAUCGCUUCCAAACCAGAUGGCUACUAAGCUACUUUGGAAAAUUAUUCAAUCUAACCUCCAUGUAAUGUGUCGGUUUUGUUUGAAUCUCUAGGAUUGGUUUUUCAUCAAUCUCUUAUCCAAAUUUGGAAGUUUUCAAUUUUGUGAUUUUGUAUUGUAUUUUGUAUUUCAUUUCGGAUUUCUAUGAGGUGGAUAAAGAUAUCAUAUAUAAAAUAAUCAUUUGUCGAAAAUUA